GUGGUGGAACAGGAGGCAUCGUCUCGAAAAUUGGUUCGAAAUGUGCAACUAAUUCCGAGCGCUGCUCUACUCUAUCUAUCCAUUGGAUAGUAUCCAGUCUUCUCUGAACGCGUCGACACGUCACGUAAUUCUUUUGAUUGACUGAUUUUGUCGCACAAGGACCCGCGAGAACUUUUUAUUUAUUAAUAAGUUAUUGUAGUUUCGUUCUUGUUUUAUGCAAUGAGUGACAAUCGCAAUAUUAACAAUAUUAUCAAAAAUGAUUCCGAUUGGGAAGAAUUUUUGCGUGACUUCGAAUUAAAAUUAGACACUUUGCUUUCUGAAUCCUAUAUGCGGCAACUAUGCAAUUUGAAGUCUAAGGCUCUAACUACUGACUACGUCGAAACAGAUUUUAGCGACUCAGACUGUACAAUAUAUUACUUUAAUGAUACCCAACGUUGGUUUAAGGGGGAGACAAGCAAUUAUUACAAUACUAUAAUAGAAAAGGGGAAGGAUUUUAUAUUCCCGGUUGGGGUACCAUUGGUACCAAACGAGCGUAUCAUAUUAAUGGUUAAAAAAAAAGUCGAUGAAUGGACAAAUGGGCAUGUUAUGCUUGAAGAAGAAGAAUUUCUCUAACAAUUAGACAUACAACUAAGAGGCCUAUUCUGUAACUUAAAAAUGUAUUAUGUAUCACUGCGCAGAUAUUUUGUAAUAGGUGCAUAAUGAUACGUAACAUCAUUAAAAAUUACAAAAUAAGCAAUUAAUCUACUUUAUUUCUAUCUUAACCUUAACUUAAUUUUGUGUUAUUUUUUCUGUUGUGUUGUGGGUGUAGACAGCCGUGCUCAAUAGCCUAAUACGUGCCUACACUCACAUGUGUCCUACACGCAUUCCUUAAGUAAUAUAAAAAUAUGUGUAGAUUGAUUUAAAAUUAUUUUUAAGACCAUUAACUUAUAUUACGAAAAGCUUUUGCUUAUUUCAAUAAUUAUUAGUACUCUGAUACUUUUGUAUUCAAUUUACAAAAAAAUUUGAGACCUCUUAUAUUGAAAAUUAGACUUCAUCCUCACUUAUUUUUAAAUAUCUGUAGAAUAUACAUUAUUGUGAUGUAGGUAAAAAGAAUGUUAGUGCUAUAAUAGACAAUAUAAGUGAGA